GUGACGCGCCUACGUCAUGUAUCGUGGUGAAGCGCCAACGGCGUCGCCUAAAACUUGUUUCGGCGUUCGCUUUGACAUCACCGCAGGAUGAGGCUGAGCCGAGAGAUAACAAGUUGAGAAAGAUUCUUUACCACCUCGUCCCUUCCAUCGUAUUCAAACAAACCUCACGACUUCGCAACACCGCUUCAUCAAACCGUCCAUUUCCAAAGAAAACCCAGCGAACCAGUAACACGAGCAACAAUGACCCUCUUCGGCAAGAAAGAAGAACACUACGAGCCCGCGCCCGUGCCGGCGCAGCAGCAGCACGGCAGCCUCUUCUCCCGCCGCCGCGACUCGCCGCCCUCCGCCCACUCGCCCGCCAGCACCACCCGCACCAACGACUCUUCCUCCACGGGAAGCAAGCUCGGCUCCCUGCUCGGGAGGGACAAGGAGGACAAGUCUGUGACGCAAGCUCGUGAGCGUGUGCAGAGAGCCGAGGAGUCGGAGCGCGCGGCCGACCAGGCGCUUUUGGCCGCUCGGACGGAAGUGCGCGAGGCCAAAGAGCACGCUCGCAGACUCGAGGCCGAGGCCGCCGACGAUCUGAAGAGGGCACAGAAGAAGUCCGAUGCUAGUCACGACAUCACCAAGCGCGCCAACCCACUCGGCAAGUUUGGUCUCUAAGGGCCAUGAUCGCAUGCUGCGAGGUCCAUGCCCGUUGCGAGCUCCCAUUUGCUGUUUGCCGAUUUGCUUCAUAUACCCCCCCUUCUGCCCUUCCUGUUUUCUACGCAUGGCCUCAUGAGCGACGAGCAAGAAGCGAUUUCAAGUGUGGACAGUCGCAACUUCCAUACGUGCUAGUCGAUGGAUAACGUUAAAUGAUAUGCAAACUACUCUUGACAUCCAUUUCCGCAA